UCGUAGUUCUUGGCCGUGUUGGCAUUUCUGAUGUUCAGUGUUCAUUGUUUAACUUGUUAACUGAUUAUCUAUUAUUGUUUUUUAUUGUGCUUGGGUAAUCGUAUUAAAAGCGUCCUUUAGCGUCAUAUUUAUGGAUGGUAAUAAGUAAGAUAAAAUUUAGUUUGCAUCAUAUAGUCCUUCAUUGUUUUAGCAUUUGUACAUCGUUUUAAAUGACAUAUUUGGCAUCUAGAAUUCAGUAGUUGUAUAGCUUAGGUUGCCGGACAUUAGGACACAACUGACUGGAUACCCCAUGUGACGUCACUAUGUGAUAAUAUAAGUCAAGAGCCCUAUUUACAGAGAUUCCUUACGUGCACGAAGCGAAGCACGGGAAAGAAGUGGGGGCCUGGCGGUCCUUUAAAGGUUUCACAAAACGUAGAACAAAUCCUAUGCUCAGUGCUAUAUUUUACCAACGCUGUGAAGAAAUGUUUCAGUGUUCGGUAGUCAACCGUCCACUAACAUUCAACAACUGUCUGUUGCCAUAAGUUGUUUAGCUCUUGUGCUGUUCGAACAUUUCUUAACUCAGUGACUGUUCACCUGAAACAUCGUAAUACUAUAUCAAGCAGUAUUUUAUAGAUGAUAUUAAUUUCCGUUAUAAACGCAGAUAUUAUAUAAUCGCUCUUUUUUUUUUACCUUUUCUUACACGAUAGCGUAGUGAUAUAUUCAAACAUGCGGAGUAAGUAGGACUAUCUGCCAUUGCUACAUUCUCAGUGUCGUGUGCAUUUACAGGUUUGCGGUGUACAUGUGAGUGAACAAGUGUCCGCAUAUGGACAUGUGAAGAGGGUGACAUCAACUGUGUCAAUGUUAAGCUGAGAUAUUGCGGGACAGAGACUCGCUGCCGGGUCAUGAACCGAACACCUGUGAAUAGUCUGUUUCGGUGCCCAUUGUUACCAGCGAUGACGUCGCUUUGUGAUGAUGAGGUUGGCUUAUCAUCGAAGGUGCAGAGAAGACUCAGCAGAAUGAAGACAAAGAGGUGGAAAUGGGAACUUUUUCAUAAUGUGGGCGUGGCGUGUAUUUUGGUGUUAAGUUUGUGGUGCACGGCAGUAGCUUCAGAACACAACAACAUUUAUGCGUCCUAUGCUACAUUUAAUGAAAGUGUAAACUUUACUCACAUGGUGGUGGAUCCUCGUUCUGGCCGAGUGUACGUAGGGGCUACAAACUGGCUGUAUCAGUUCAACAGCUCACUAGACAUGGAAGCGGAAGUUGAAACUGGACCUGUCCAGGACAGCAUCCAGUGUUCUCCCACAGACUGUAGUAACCUGCGAAAAGUUGCCACAACUAACUUCAACAAAGUUCUAGUCAUUGACGAUGAAGCUGGUAUGUUACUUGUUUGUGGAAGUGUCCACCAGGGAGCGUGUCGUCGUCAUAGUUUGACAAAUAUCUCAAUCUUGGAAGAGCUCAUUCCAGUUCCUGUAGCUGCUAACGAUGAAAAUUCUUCAACUUAUGCCUUUAUUGGUCCGGGUCAUUAUUUCGGUCAUCUUUCGCGGGUCUUUUACGUUGCUACCACCAACAGCCGCUUAGGGCCAUACAGAGACAUGGUUCCGGCAGUUACUAGUCGUAGUUUGGACGACGGACAGGGCAAGCUGUUCAAUAUCAUUGAAAAGUCUUUUUCAACCAUAGCUCGCGUGGACAUAAGUUCACAUCUUAGAGACUACUAUCUGGUUAACUACAUUUACGGAUUUUUCUCUGGAGAUUUUGUCUACUUUGCAACGGUUCAGAGGAAAUCUCACUUGAGAGCAUUGGAGGAGUGGGGCUUCGUUACCAGGUUGGCCCGUGUAUGUACAUCUGAUGCUGGUUACAAUACUUAUACAGAGUUAACGUUACAAUGUCUCGGAGAAGAUGGGGUCGACUACAAUCUGCUACAAGACGCCAGUCUUGUGGCAUCAGGAUCUGACCUGGCCGAAACUCUUCAGGUUCCUACAGGCAGUGAUGUCCUGGUUGGUGUAUUUGCCCAAAGUGCUGCCGACCACACAUCUAGACCAGCCCGAAAAUCAGCUCUAUGUGUUUUUUCUUUAGCGGAAAUAGAGCAGCGUUUUACUGAAAACAUUCACAUGUGUUAUAACGGAAGUGUGGUCACUCGCAACAUGGAUUACAUCGCAGGAAGUAUAAAAGACUGCCCAGAACCAGGGAAAGGGGGCAACGUGUUUGACUUUUGUAAAGAAGCCUUGAAGGUCAACGGUUCAGUCCCCAUAACAGGAUUUGCUGCUCUCAUCGAUAACAAUGUAACGUACAGUGCGAUAACCACAACCAUAACAGCACAGCACACUGUGGCGUUUGUGGGGACCAAAGAUGGCCGCCUGAAAAAGGUGCUUCUUAGCAGCAGAGAGAUGGCAGAAGAAUUUGAAGAAGUUGUUGUUGAUCCUGGAAAUCCAAUUACUUCUGAUCUACAUUUGGAUCCCACCAAGAAAUUUGUUUAUGUUCUUUCACCAUAUACAGUAAGUAAAGUUGUUAUUCUUCAACUGAGAGUGAUCCCUCUCCUGGCCAUUGACAAACACCAGAUAGCAGAGACUGAAGAUAAAAGAACUCUGGCAAGCAACAGUCAGGUUAGUUGCCGCACCACCAGAGCUCCAUAUCCUUGGUACAACGUGACUCAGCUGAUCCUCCGUAUUGAUAAUGCAACUCUUACUCUCCCAAGCCCUUUCAUCUACACAGAAGAUCCAAGCAUACUUCGAAUCUACCCUCUAAAGAGUUUUGUAAGUGGUGGAAGAAGCGUCACAGUUGAUGGAACAUAUUUGUCUUCCAUUCAGCAACCUUGGAUGGCUGUAUUCAAAGAUAACUUUCGCCUCAAUAAAACGCUCUGUACUGUACACAGUCACAGUCAGAUGGUUUGCCCUUCUCCAGCCAUUACCCAAGAGGUUGAAAGGUUCCUUGCUAGCCAAGGCAAAAGUGUUAUGGAGGCCUCUGAUCAGCUGAAAUUUCGAAUAGGAUUUGAGAUGGAUGAAGUGAAGAGUGUAUUGGAGCUACAGAAAAACUUUCCUACCCUUCACUCAGACAUGACUUAUGUCCCUGAUCCUCAGUUUUCUAAUUUCAAGAAAGAUGGUGUUAAACAAUACAAAGGGGAAUCUUUAGUAAUUGAGGGCAAGGACCUUCUGUUAGCUACUACAGAAUCUGAAGUUGUGGUGACAGUUGGAACUCGAACUUGUAACCUGACCUCAUUGACCAUGACCCAGUUAGUGUGCCUACCUCCACAAGACCAACCCCCAGUCAGUGAUGAGCAAAGAACGGACACUGAUCUACCUCUGGUGGUGGUGCACAUUGGGUCCAACUUACAAUAUGACAUUGGAUACCUGCGUUAUGAAGUGACAAAGGCAUAUGAAUUUCCAACAGAGGCUAUAUGGGGUAUUACUGCAGGGGGUGGGCUGCUCAUGGUCUUAAGUGUGGUGAUUCUUAUCAUCUUACGACACAAGAGCUCUCAAGCAGAACAGGAAUACAAACGUAUCCAGUUGCAGAUGGAUACCUUGGAAAAUAGUGUUCGAUCUGAGUGUAAGCAAGCUUUUGCAGAACUUCAGACAGACAUGACAGAUAUUACAAAUGAUCUUCACGCCUCUGGGAUCCCAACGCUAGACCACAGGACAUUUGUCAUGAAGGUGUUUUUUCCAGGUGUUUGUGACCAUCCUUUGUUACAGGAUAAGAUGAUGUCCAAUGGGUUCUGUAGUAAUUAUGAUGUGGCUAUGAACCAUUUUCAACAGCUCUUACUUAACAAGACAUUCCUCAUCCUCUUCAUUACUGUUUUAGAAUCACAAAAAACCUUUACUAUACGAGACAGGGUCAAUGUAGCAUCUCUGCUGAUGAUCAUUCUAAUGGAAAAGAUGGAUUAUGCUGCUGAUGUACUUAAGAUGCUUCUUGGACAUUUAAUAGACAAGUCAGUCACUACAAAGCACCCACAGCUGAUGUUGAGGAGGACAGAAUCAGUUGUAGAAAAAAUGCUCACUAACUGGAUGGCAUUAAACAUGUAUGAUUAUUUAAAGGAAAGAGCAGGCAGAAGUCUAUUUUUACUUUUCUGUGCUGUGAAACAUCAAGUUGAAAAAGGACCAAUUGAUGCAGUGACAAAUGAUGCCCGAUAUUCUUUGUCAGAGCAGAGACUGUUGAAAGAUCACAUUGAGUAUUCUACAGUGACAAUACAUCUGCUUAAAGAUGAUCAAGAUGAAAAAAUUCAGACAAAAGUGAAUGACUGUGAUACCAUAGGUCAGGUGAAAGCCAAAAUAUUGGAUGCUUUGUACAAGAAUACACCAUUCUCUUUACGCCCUUCUGUAUAUGAAGUUGAUUUAGAGUGGAGACAUGAACGUGGAGGUCACUUGACUUUGGCUGAUGAAGAUUUGACUACUAAAACUUCUAGUGGAUGGAAGAGGUUGAACACACUGAGACAUUAUGGAGUGAGAGAAUUUGCUGUAAUGAGUCUAGUCACCAAACAAAACAGCUUUAGUUCCAAUAGCACAGGAAAUGCUUCCUUGAGCUCUGUGACUCCAAUAAUCAACUCCACAGAUGUAGAACAGGGAGUCAGGUACUGGCAUCUAGUCAAACCAAUAGAUGACCAUGUAGGUCAGCAGAAAGACCAUAGCCAUAAAGCCAUAAGACCUGAAAUUUUCCUCACAAGGUUAUUGUCCACAAAGGGAACUGUGCAGAAGUUUGUUGAUGAUUUUUUGUCAACAGUGUUAACUGUUGGUGAUGAUUUUCCACCACCAAUUAAAUGGCUAUUUGAUUUGCUGGACAACAUGGCAGUUCAGCAUGGAAUAACUGACCCUGAUGUUGUUCAUGCUUGGAAGAGUAAUAGUCUACCCUUGAGGUUUUGGGUGAACUUCAUUAAAAACCCAGAUUUUAUCUUGGACAUCAACAAAACUCCUCUGCUUGAUUCCUGCCUCUCAGUCAUUGCCCAGGCUCUCAUGGAUGCAUGUUCUACCUAUGAACAUAGACUUGGAAAGGACUCACCUUCAAAUAAGCUACUAUUUGCCAAGGAUAUUCUUUCUUACAAGAAGAUGGUGACAAAAUUCUAUGAAGAGGUAGCAUUGUUACCUGCCAUCACUGAUCAAGAGAUUAGUGCCAAUAUGCAGAGGCUUUCAGUGGAACAUCAUGGAGAAUUUGACACUAUGAAUGCAGUAAAAGACCUCUACAUCUAUGUUGAAAAAUACAUACAAGAGAUCUGUGAAGCUCUAAAGGCUGAUCCUACAUGUAUUCAGGCUCAUCUAGCACAAAAACUUGAAAUGGUAAUUUGUGCUUUGCAAGGAGAAGAAACUUCCCUGUGUUGAAGAAAAAUAUAUAUAACAGUAGUUUAUUAAAGGGUGCCAAAAACAAUAAAUCGAGCUUCAGGAGUGUUUCACAGAGAUGGUGGAAUGUUUUAUUUAUCUGUGGAAUCAAAACCAUCAUACCAGUAGUAUGGAUGGCAAACUAUGCAAACUACACUGAAUAUAAGUGUAAAGGUUCACAUGGAAAUUAUGAUAUAACAUAAAAAAGAUGUUUCACAAUGAUAUAAAUAUACUCAAACUUGCUAGUGCUUACAUCCAUGUAAAGAGUCGAUGAACUGAAUCUUGUCAGCAACAUUCCAGUAGCAGAAGGCCAAAGAAUCCAUUGAUAUUGACUCUCCUAAGUGAGAUCAAUAAGUAGAUGUUUUUACCAUUUUUCUUGACCUCAUUAACAUUAAUGUAUGUUUGUAAAAUAACUGCCAGUGCCUGUUCGAAAACACAGGGUUUUCUUAAUUUAAUGGACAUGGGAAGAAUGUUUGUAUAUGUAUAUAUAUAGAUAUAUAUUAAUGUACAUCAAAUCUGUAGAUUUGGAAUAAUGUGAUGACAGGGGCUAAGCGAAGUCAAACUUGAAGGGAUUUCCUAUGCAGCAUUACAGUUCAAUAGGACAGAAUAUUUUUAGACUGGUGUUUUAGAAUGUGGGAAAAUGGGUAUGUAUGUGUUAAGAAGGUUUUUUCUUGUUUUUAUAAAAGAAAGGACUUUUUCAUUUUAAAUGUCUUGUUGUUCUUGUAUAGAUUAGGUUAAUAAGAUAAUAAUACCUUGUGUAAUUAAAUAGAAUCAUACAACUAGUUUUUGCCUGUGAUACGCUUUUUGGUUUUAUUUUAAAGUGUAGCUAUUGUUGAAGAGAGUUGUUCUCACAAAAUUAUCUCAUCCAUUCUGUAAUUUGAGAUAAUUCUUUUACAAAGUAAUUGAACAUUAUGGUGUGUCUUUAAAUAUUAUAAGUUAAAGCAUGCUUUACAAAAUUUUAAUUAUUCAGUGAUAGUUUACCUACAUGAUUGACUGAUGGUGUUUUGUAUUGACCAUUAUGAUGAUAGGCAACCUUAAUCAAGUUUUGUGCAUUUUUUUAUUUGGUAUUUAUUGCAAGCUUCUAUGUACCUGUGUGUGAACUUCUCGCUAAAAUAUUAUACUUACAUUUGUAAAAAAAAAAUUGUGUCUUUAUGUGCACAUGUACUUAACUGAUGUAUACAUUGAACAGUAACUUGUUUCAAAAAGUAGGGUUUGUUUUGCUUUGCUUCCGUACUUUGUCAGGUAUUUUUCUACCGACAGGUAAUUCUGUAACUGUACUGACAAACAAUAAAAUAUUGGUUAAACAAAGUUA